AAACCCCAGGCAGAAGAGGGAAAGCAGACUAGUCUUUAAACCCAGGAAACUCCAACAAAACCCAGAAACUCAGAGGUGGAAUUUGAACUUGGCGACGUCAAUUUCAGCCCAUAAAGUUCUUCGCUUUCAAGAUUCUGAGCAUGGGGAAGCAAUCAGGCCAGAACCCAGGAUGGAGAAAACGCAAAAUGCCCAACAAGUUCCAUAAAGUUGGGAAAAGUCGUCGGGUUGAAGAAGAACUUGCGCCGGCUAGCGUCUCACCGACCUCAUCAGGAGAACUGCAAGAGGAAGAAGCCAAUGGUGUGGCCUCCGAAGAAGAAAUAGUUUAUAAAGAGACAUCAAUGUAUGACAAACUGUUGAUGGCGCUAGGGUCAUCCAGUAAAGCUGUUGCGGCUGCUUAUAAGCAGAGAAAAAAACAAGAAGAAGGUAAAAGUGACUCGGACUCUGAGGAGGAGGUGGUUGAUGAUGAAGAUGAGGAAGCUGAAUCUUCUAGUGGCUUGGAAGACAUAGAUGAUGGUGAAGAAGGAGGUGACAAUGAAUUUCCAAUGAAAGGAAAACUUAAAGAUCUUGCAACUGAAGAUGCAAAAACUGAGGAUGAUGAGGACACCUCCACGUCGGAUGACCAGGUGACCUCUGACUCGGAUGACAAGGAGAGCUCUGACUCUGAUAUAGAACAGAACCUGGAAAUCCAUUCUCAAUCCACUAUUGAUGCACCAAUAUGCUUGAGUUCCUUUGGUAUACAGUUGGAGCAUAAGUUAACAGAAGCAGAGGUUGAAAAUUUGUCAAAAAAGAAAUGGAGAUAUAAAUGGGAUGCGCCUGCUGCUGGAAUGUCAAAGGGCAAAUGGGCAGGAACGGGAGAGUGUUGUAUAAAAGAUGUUAAUCCUGAUUCUAGUUACGAUCUAAAGCAAAAGUUGUAUAAGCACUGGUUAGAUGUAUUUAACACAUCUGGAGGCAAGGAUUUUCAUUCAUCCAGACAAAGAUUGUUCUUCUCCCUCUUCAACAAUUAUCGGGAUAUACUGCAUUGCAACAAGAAACCCUUUUAUGACAGAGGAUCAGAAGAAGACUCAAGUGUCAUGGAUGCCUAUAUUAUGCAUUGCCUAAACCAUGUCUUCAGAACUAGAGAUCUUGUAAUGAAGAAUGAUGCAAAAUUGACCAAAUACCAGGAAAAUGCUAAGAAUGAAAUUCUUACUGAUGAUAGUCUCCGUGAUCAUGGUUUUACUCGUCCUAAGGUGUUGAUCCUACUACCAAUGGCAAGCAUUGCACUUCGUGUUGUUAAGAGGAUAAUACAACUUACCCCUCCUACUAACAAGGUUAGUGUAGACCAUAUGGACCGAUUUUCUAGAGAGUUCGGAAGUGAAGAGGUUCUGGACAAUGAGGACGCAAGGGAUCUACCACCAGGUGACCAGAACUCUGUAAAUGUAAAACCUCAUAAGUCUACAAAACCUGGUGACUUCCAAGUACUUUUUGGUGGGAAUAGCAAGGAUGAUUUCAUGGUUGGCAUCAAGUUCACAAGGAGGAGCAUAAGGUUGUACAGUGAUUUUUAUUCCUCGGAUAUGAUAGUUGCUUCUGCUGUUGGUUUGUUGAAAAAAAUUGAGGAGGCUAAAAUAAAUAAGGAAAAGGAUGUCGACUAUCUUUCUUCUAUAGAGGUUCUGAUCAUUGAUCAUGCAGAUGUUAUAACAAUGCAGAAUUGGGACUUUUUGAAGUCAGUUGUUGAGCAGUUGAACCGUCAACCAUCUAAGCAGCAUGGAACUGAUAUCAUGCGUAUAAGGCCAUGGUAUCUGGAUGGACAUGCAUCUUUUUAUAGACAAACAAUACUUUUGAGUUAUUAUUCAAACCCAGAUAUAAACAAUUUGUUUAACAAGCACUGCACAAACUACCGUGGGAAGGUAAAGUUGGUGAAUGAAUAUAAGGGAGUCCUUCCUAAAGUUGUACUUCAAGUACGCCAGAUUUUUCAGCGGUUUGAGGGAGAUGAAAUAGUGAAUAUUGACGAUGCUCGUUUUGAACAUUUUUCUACUAAGGUCUUCCCAAAGAUAAAAAACUCUGUGGAGGGUGGGAUUAUGAUAUUUAUCAGCUCAUACUUCGAAUAUGUUCGAGUUCGGAAUUUUUUGAAGAAGCAGAAUGCUUCCUUCUGUCUGCUUCAUGAAUACGCGGAUCAGAAAGAUAUUUCCCGUGCACGGGUUUGGUUCUUUGAAGGAAAGAGAAAGAUCAUGCUCUACACAGAGAGAGCACAUUUUUACCACAGAUAUAAGAUCCGUGGAAUCCAGAAUUUAAUCAUCUAUUCGUUACCAGAGAGGAAGGAAUUUUACCCUGAGGUUGUUAACAUGGUUGAUGGAUCCCAUGACAUGGCAUGCACUGUGCUCUUUUCUCCUUUUGAUCUCCUCCGGCUUGAGAGAAUUGUGGGAAUAGCUCCAGCCAAGAGAAUGAUCACAUCGAAAAUGAAUUUAUUUUCUUUCGCUUGAAGAUCCAAUGAACUUGCAACAUCCUUCAAAUGCAGAAUGAAACAAGUCUUAAAACCCAAUGGCAACUGUUGUGACAUCUGCAACUGAAACCUGUUUUGCCUGCCAAAAUUCCUGCAUAAUCUUAAUGACAAAGAAGGGAGGUCAGAGGUCUUCAUAUACGGAUAUAAAACUUAUUAUUGAUGUUCAAAGAAACAAUCCAUUUGUAUUACAUAUUUAAAUUCUUGACUCAG